CUCACACACAUUAUCUUCACACACACAUUUUUUUCCGGUUUGAUAUGGCUUCCCGGAGGCUAUUAACCUCCCUUCUCCGCCGUGUUAAAUCACCCACAUUCCCAAAACAACAUACCCAACAAACCCCGUGUCGCCAUUUUCGCCCUUCCCCGCUCGGUUUCUUGUUAAACCGAGCUGUAAGGGCGGGGUAUGCCACAGCUUCUGCAGCUGUGGCAUCACCCCAAUCUUCCAAGACAACUGGGAAGAUUACGGAUGAACAUUCGGGUAAAGGGGCUGUUGGACAAGUGUGUCAGGUGAUCGGGGCUGUGGUUGACGUAAGGUACGAAGAUGGGUUGCCGCCUAUUAUGACUGCAUUGGAAGUUAUGGAUAACCCGACCCGGUUGGUUUUGGAAGUGGCUCAGCAUUUGGGUGAGAAUAUGGUUAGGACUAUUGCUAUGGAUGGGACUGAAGGACUUGUUAGAGGCCAAAAAGUUCUUAAUACUGGAGCUCCUAUUAUGGUUCCUGUUGGCAGGGCAACACUUGGUCGUAUUAUAAAUGUUAUUGGAGAGGCUAUUGAUGACAGGGGUGAAUUAAAAACGAGUCACUAUCUUCCAAUUCACCGUGAAGCUCCAGCUUUCGUUGAUCAGGAAACAGAACAGCAGAUCCUUGUGACAGGAAUCAAAGUUGUGGAUCUACUUGCUCCCUACCAAAGAGGUGGGAAGAUCGGUUUAUUUGGUGGUGCUGGUGUCGGGAAGACAGUGCUUAUUAUGGAACUUAUUAACAAUAUCGCAAAGGCCCAUGGUGGUUUCUCGGUGUUUGCUGGUGUUGGGGAGCGAACUAGAGAGGGAAAUGAUUUGUACCGAGAAAUGAUUGAAAGUGGUGUCAUUAAGCUUGGAGACAAGCAGUCUGAAAGCAAGUGUGCUCUUGUGUAUGGUCAAAUGAAUGAGCCUCCUGGUGCUCGUGCUCGUGUUGGGCUCACAGGACUGACCGUUGCUGAACACUUCAGAGAUGCUGAAGGGCAGGAUGUGCUUCUAUUCGUUGACAACAUUUUCCGUUUCACUCAGGCCAACUCCGAGGUGUCUGCUCUGUUGGGACGUAUCCCAUCUGCUGUAGGUUACCAGCCAACAUUAGCAACCGAUCUUGGAGGCCUUCAGGAGCGUAUUACCACUACGAAGAAAGGUUCCAUCACAUCUGUACAGGCUAUUUACGUGCCUGCUGAUGACUUGACGGAUCCUGCUCCAGCAACUACUUUUGCUCAUUUGGAUGCCACCACUGUGCUUUCUCGACAGAUUUCGGAGCUUGGGAUCUAUCCCGCGGUUGAUCCGUUGGAUUCAACUUCUAGAAUGCUUUCUCCGCGUAUUCUUGGUGAAGAACAUUAUAAAACUGCUCGUGGCGUCCAAGAGGUUCUCCAAGCCUAUAAGAAUCUUCAAGAUAUUAUUGCCAUUUUGGGAAUGGAUGAGCUUAGUGAAGAUGACAAAAUGACUGUUUCACGUGCUCGUAAAAUCCAACGUUUCUUGAGUCAACCUUUCCAUGUUGCAGAAGUCUUCACAGGCGCUCCUGGGAAAUAUGUCGAGCUAAAAGAGAGCAUAGCAAGUUUCCAGGGCGUUCUUGAUGGGAAAUAUGAUGAUCUCCCUGAGCAAUCCUUUUAUAUGGUUGGAGGGAUCGAUGAGGUGAUUGCUAAGGCCGAGAAAAUCGCAAAGGAAAAUUAAUUCUUAUCAUCUUGUUGUUUUAUUUAUGAUACACUUAUUCAAAAGGGCAUCACGACCACAUGCCUUGACUCUUGAGCUCUUUUUUCGGUUUGGAUAUUUCCUGGUGGCUAGCUGCCCAUUUUUGUCCCGGGAGGUGCAUUUUAAGGCGAGUAACUUAUGUAUUCCGAUUUUGGACCAUUAGAAAUAAA